AUGGGCACCCGGGGCCUGUCCUGUGGGGGUUCCGUGUUCCGUACCCGGACCCUCCUCAGACGGAGGACGGGCCGUGACCAGCAAGGAAGUGAAGGAGCUGAGACAUGGAGGACAACCCAGCACGUGGGUGCUGACACACACAGGGAACACUGUCCUCAAGGGUUGUGCUUCCUGGAUUUUAACAAUCGCCGGAAACCCCAACCUCGUGCAGAGUUGUGCUUCCUGGCUCUGUUCCAGCCUGGGCAACUGGAUAGGACGAAUCAUUACAGACUCACCUGGUACAUCUCCUUGAGCCCCUGCCCUGACUGUGUGCCAAAACUGGUUGACUUCCUGGGCGAGAACAGACACGUGCAGCUGCGCAUCUUCGCUGCUUACCUAAAUACCAAACUCACUGGAUAUGAGGAUGGGCUGCGAGACCUGCGGGACGCUGGGGCCGAACUUGCCAUCAUGACCCUCACAGAGCACCAGCACUGCUGGGAAAAAUUCGUGGACCACCCUAGGCGGAUGCUGCCUUUGAAGCCUAAGACUGAACUGGAAGAAAAAUUACAGAAGCUGAAGGACAUUCUCAGGUGUCCCAGGGAGAAUGCCAGUCCCAGAAAUCUGUACAAAGCCAAUACAACUUCAAAGGUGAAGCUAAGGUGGAUGGGCAUACCAGAUAUUGGAUCUACGCUGAAGCCCUGGAAGAUCAGUGUGGUAGUCGCUCAGGCAUGGACAGAAGGCAGGAAGGUUCUCCAUCCAGGAACUUUCCGAAAACCUGGGCCUGUGAGCAGACGUGCAGCAGCGCCAGCUCCGGGACCAAGGGCAAUGCAGCAGCAAGGGAACCAAGACUUCACUGCGGUGCCCUGGCCCAGAAUGUAUCCCAAGACCUUCAACUCCAACUUCAAAAACCUAGAUGGCCAUGGGUGUAAGUCUACCUUCCUCUGCUUUGAAGUGGAAAGAUGGGAGGAUGGCUCAGUUCUUGACUAUCAAAAUGGUGUCUUUCGAAACCAGUUGUAUCCUGGCCACGCAGAACUCUGCUUCAUAGAAUGGUUCCAUGAGAAGGUUCUGUUUCCUGAUGAGAUUCGGUGUCCUGAUGCGCAAUACCAUGUCACCUGGUACAUAUCCUGGAGCCCCUGCUUCGAGUGUGCAGAGCAGGUGGCUGACUUCCUGAAUGAGAACGAGAACGUGGACCUGAGCAUCUCCGCCGCCCGCCUCUACUUGUGUGAGGACGAAGAUGAGCAGGGGCUUCAAGAUCUGGUUGCUACAGGGGCCAAGGUGGCCAUGAUGGCUCCAGAGGAUUUUAAAUACUGUUGGGAUAACUUUGUGUACAACGGGGGAUGGCAGUUCACGUAUUGGAAGAAUGUGCGUCGAAAUUAUGGUCGUCUGCAGGAGAAGCUUGAUGAAAUCCUCGGGGACUUGAGGAGGAUUCAUGACUUUAUUUUUGGGACGGAAUGAUGUCUCCAAGCGGCUGGCUCCCGGGGCUGAAUGGAAGAGCCCUCGCUAAAACUGAAGCAGCACAGCUUUCUCUCCAGCUCCCUGAAGCUCCCGUCCCCAAGUCCCUAUGCAAUAAAAGGCUAAUAUGCAAAUU